GUUUGGUUAGUUUUUUGAUAGGUCACAAAACACUAUUACUCUACGGUAUUUAAUUUUACAAAUGGCCGAAGCUAUUUCCUUUACAAAACUGCUUAUGAAUGAUUGCAUGAGUAUCUACAUUUAAAUGUUAUUCAGUGUAUUUAUAAUAUUUUAGUUUUCACUGCUCUAGUGUGUUAUUUUAGAAUGACGAUUAGAAGUGUAACAAAUCCUCGAAGUUGAAUGAAGAUACUUGGUUAACCUCAAUUUGGAAAGUAAAAAAAUAUGGAUCUUCCGCAACCACCGCCAGAUCAAGAUCUACGCAACAUAAUCGACAAACUUGCACAGUUUGUAGCAAGAAAUGGGCCGGAAUUUGAGAAAAUGACCAAGAACAAACAAAAAAAUAAUCCAAAAUUCAGCUUCUUAUAUGGCGGGGAAUACUUCAACUACUACCAGUACAAAGUGACGACUGAACAAGCAAUUCUAAAGCAAUCGGCCGGUGGCCAGGCGGCACCUGCUCCCGCCGGGGCUUAUAUGGCACAGAACAGGCAAUAUGUAAUGCCCCAACAGGCCGGCGCGACGCCCGCUCAGCUCGGCCUGGCGGCUUCGAUGGCAGCGGCGCCCGCGCUUCAGCAGUGGCUUGCGGCAAACUCUGCACCUCCUGCUGCAUCGCAGCACGCUCAACAUGAAGUUGACAACGUCAAUGCACAGAUCAACAUGUUAAAAGAACAGAUCAGUCAGUCGGAGAAUAAUUUAAGUGCUCAACACACGGUGUUGAUACAACAACAACAAGCUAAAAUCAAUGAACUGGUAAGCAAGGCUCAAGUGGAGACCAUUCAGAUGAUGGCUGAAGAGAAUAACAUCAGCCUUUCAGAAUUGGACAAUAUCCUGCAACCAAUCAUUGAUACAUGCACUAAAGAUAGUAUUUCUUCAGGUAAGGGGUGGAUAUUACAACAUGCAACAUCCAAUGAUGCUGGCAAAGUGAUAUCACAACAUCUUCUUAGAAAGGUGACGCAACCCGGAGCCGCAUUCACACAGAAGCUGCACAUCAUUUACCUUGUUAAUGAUGUGCUGCACCAUUGUGCACGCAAAAACGCAGAAGAUCUCAAGAAAAAUUUGGAAAAUGUGGUGGUUCCAAUGUUUUGCAAUGCCAGUAUAGCUGUUACUGAAGAACAGGAGGCUAAGUUGAACAAACUGCUACGCCUAUGGGAGUCCAAGUCUAACUAUUUCGAAACUGCUGUCAUUGAGAAAAUGAAGAGCCCCACCAGUUCCUACCAGGACUACCAAAAUAAUUUGAUAGCCCAACACUCUAAUGCUAUUUCUCAUCUUACUCAACAAACAAAGACCACCUUUGAAAACUAUCAAUCUCAACACCAAGCGUUUGUCACUCAUACAAUGCAACAGAUUCAGCAAUUAGAAAUACAGAAACGUGCUCUUGAAUUGCAAAAUAUGGAACAAAAUAAUGAAAAUAUGCAACAACAAAAUAAUAUGCAAAAUUCCUUUCAAAAUAAUAACUUUGAUCAAGGUUUCCAACAAAUGGGUGGUUUUGAGCCAAAUUUUAACUCUAACAACCAAUUGUAUGGCAGUGAAAGUGGAGACAAUUAUGCCUCUAACAACAGUAUGAGUGGAAAUGAGAAUAGUUAUGAUAGCCAGACAUUUGAUCAGAUUACAAAUAAGAAGAAUGAUAAUGUAGAGGAGCCAGACUUAUCCAAUCUUCCAAAUGUAAAUUUUUCACAACCACCGCCUGGAUUCGAACCAAAUGACUCAGCAAUAUUAGCAUUCCAAAACGGUCUUCCUGAUCUUAGUAAACCUCCGCCUGGCUUCCCACCAUUCCCAGAAAUAAAUAAUGAAGAAUUGAUGCCAUCUGUACCGUAUUUCGAAUUACCAGCUGGUUUGAUGGUGCCUCUUAUAAUGUUGGAGGAUGACAGGUAUAAACCUUUAGAUCCUGCACAUAUUCGUUUGCCGCCACCGGCUCCCCCUAAUGAGAGGCUACUUGCUGCUGUCGAUGCAUUCUAUGCGUCGCCUAAUCAUGAACGUCCCAGAGAUAAUGAGGGUUGGGAAAAACUUGGUUUAUAUGAGUACUAUAAAGCCAAGAAUGCAGCCAGAAAAAAUAAGGAAGAAGCAAUAGCGCGGGGCAUUAGACAAAGGUCAAAAUCUCCAAGUCCUAUACCUAAAGAUCUUCAGAAACAGCCCACCCCACCUGGUAGAAGAUACAGGUCAAAAAGCAAGACUCCAGAGAAGCCAUCACCGGCGAAGUCAAGAUCAAGAUCCCCAUCGCCGAGACGGAAAUCUUCAUGGAGGAGAGAUCGAGACCGAGAAAGUCGCAGGCGGUCUCGAUCACGAUCUCGUUCGCGGUCGCGCAGCCGCUCCCGAGAGCGCGAGCGUCACCGCGACUCACCACGAUCUCGACGUGUCGAACGUUCCAGAUCACCAACACCGCCUAGCUUCCUUGGUGGAGCUUACCCUACUACAUCUAGUGGUUUAGAUCCUAGUAACAAAGGACACCAACUCCUGCAAAAGAUGGGCUGGAGUGCAGGUGGCCUUGGCGCUUCUGGUCAAGGCAUUGCAGAACCCAUCAGUGGAGGCACAGUGCGUGAUAGGCAAGAUCAAUAUAAAGGUGUCGGUGUGAAUUUGAAUGAUCCUUAUGAAAACUUUAGAAAGAACAAAGGUGCAGCAUUUAUAACAAGAAUGAAAGAAAGAGCGUUAGAACGUUCGUCGUGAUCACGGUAGUGUCGUGGCUCGGUGUAAAUGUGUACAAUUGCGAUUGUGUGGUUGAGAUAUGACUUAUUUUAUCUAAAUCAUCGUAAAUAAAAUAUAUGAAUUUUACAA